AUGGCAUAUGAUCAGAGUUAUUACGAACAACCACAGAGGCCAUACAAUGGACGAGCUGCUCAAAGACCGAAUCCAGCACAAGAAUAUCAACAAGCGCCUGCACAACAAUAUUCACAACAACAAUAUAAUGAAUUUGGUCUGGAUGGCUAUGGAUAUGAGAAUUAUGAUAAUGGAUAUUCACAAGAUUAUAACGGCGGAUAUCAGGAUAUGAAUGGUGGAGGUGGAGGUGGGGGUGGAGGUAGAGGAAAUGUGAAUGGAGGUGGUUAUGGAAGUAUGAAUGGAGGGGGUAGAGGUGGUUACCCUCCAAAUCCGAAUGGGCGAGGAAGGGAAUAUCCUCCAAAUCCAAAUGCAGGAGGUAGAGGUUAUCCACCAUCGAAUCAAAAUUAUCCUCCACAACAAGAAAAUUAUGCAAAUGGUAGAGGUGAGAUGCCACCGAGAGGGGGUGGGCCUAAUCCAAAUGGUAGAGGUGGGCCAAUGCAAAGACCUCCUCCAGCUCGCGUUGGACAUGAAGGACCGCAAGGAAGAGGAUACCCUCCAAAUGGUGGUCCUGUGAAUGGAAAUGGCCGACCAAUGGAUGACCGAAUGAGGCCAGCACAACAAGGACAACAGCGACCUCGGAAACCUUUAGUAACACCUCCUAGAUCACCAGAAGCUUCUACAUCAUCUUUUGAUAGCCCUUUUCCUGCUUUUCCCGGAGCAAGGAAGAAAACUGCAUUGUCUGAAGAACAGGAAAUUACCCAAAAAAUGGGUGCAAUAGAUAUCUCGAGUCCUCCCACUUCUAGGCGACCUGGAACGGCUGGAAGUAAAGGAAGUCGUGAUAAUUAUGGGCCGAGGAGAGGUAUGUCAACAGAUGAUUAUGGAAGACCUUCAAUGGAUAGUCAAAGGAGCGCACCACGAGGCGGGUAUCCACAAGGAAUGCCAGAUCAGCGAAGAGGCCCACCAUCAAGGGGAAUGACACCGGGUCCUCCUAGGCAAGAUUUUCCGGAAAGGAGAGGACCACCUUCAGGACAAGGUUAUGGUGGUGCACCAAGGCAGAAUGGUUAUGGAGAUCGUGGUUAUGAUCAAUAUGGAAAUCCCAUGUCACCAGUUCGAGAUGAUAUGGAGAACUUUGGUCCUCUACAAAGAAGCAUGACUAUGCCAGAUAGUCCUGGACCCAUGGGGAAUGGUCCACCAGCCUCUUCAAUUGAUGGACCAGGAAUGAGUGCACCAUACAAUGGUCCUAUUGGGCGUAGUAUACCUGUUCGACCUGCUACUACUACCGGAUCAAGACCGCCGCCACAAAGAACAUACCCGAACCAACAACCUAUUCAACAACCACCUCCGCAACAGCAAUACCAGCAAAACAGUUAUGCAGGUAAUCCUUAUGCCGAUAAUAAUCCGGAUGACAGUCUAGGUACAUUCUAUGAUGCAUAUUAUGAAUCACCAGCUCCACUACCCACACAUAACCGAAAUCUCUCAAAUACUUCGGAAAUGCCAGAUUUUGAUGCCGCACCCCAAAGAACCGUACAUAGAAGAGGUGCUUCGAUUGAAGCUCAUAUUCUGCCUGGAGCAGGUUCUGGACCUGGAUUUGACCUAAUGCAUCCUGGUGGCCCUGUGGAAAGAAAUGGAAACCUCCGUCAAGUCAAACCUGUCAAAUCCCAGCCAGAUUUUAGAGCCCAAGCCCAAGCCCAAACUGCAAUUUUCGAGAUGGCAGGGGAUGCGCCACCAAUUCCUAACAUACCACAGCAAGGUUUUCAAAAUGGCUGGGAACAACAAAAUGCUCAAUAUAACCAAUAUCAAGGCCCGCCACAAGAUCAAGUAUAUGACCAAUAUCCUAGUCAAGCACCAAAGUUUCAACCACCUCCAAGAAGUAUGUCUGCCGCUCCUGGGGCUGGUCGUGGAAUGCCACAACCAGGAUUUGGAGGAAUGUUGAAUGGCCCUUCGCCUCAAAAUGGUGGUUACCCUAGUCCACAAAAUGGAGGAUUUCAAGGUGAACGUCAAAAUAGUCUUCAAAAGCAAGGUACUCCAGAAGGUGGUCUACCUCCUCAUGCUCCACCAGUUCGUGCUGGUUUGAUACCCAAUUCUUUCGCUCAACAGCAACAGAAUAUUAAACCACCACCCAUGCGAAACUAUGGCGGCUUUAACCCUUCGCCUCAAUCAAGCACUCCGGUUCAAACAUCUAGUGGUGCGUCUCCUGCGGGUCCUACUUCUACAACGGGUGCCACACAACCAGUAACUCAAGCCGAACUUGAUCGUUUGAGGUUAAAGUAUAAAAACGGUAAUCCAAACGAUAACGAGACUCCUCUACUCUUUGUUAAGAAAUUAGUAGAGGCUUCCGAUGUUUUAGUAGCACCUCUUGCUGAUCAAAGAGCACGUAAUAAGGCGAGAGAAAAGUAUGUUUUUGAAGCUACGAAAGUCCUGAAGAAAUUGAGGGAAGCUCAACAUCCAGAUGCAAUGUUUUAUUUUGCAGAUUGUUACGGUCGUGGCGCCCUUGGUCUUGAAGUUAACGAGAAGGAAGCAUUUACCCUCUACCAAUCUGCCGCAAAACUUGGUCAUCCACAAGCCGCAUACCGGACUGCAGUAUGUUGCGAACUAGGAAAUGAUGAAGGUGGUGGUACACGUAAAGAUCCUCUUAAAGCCAUGCAAUGGUAUAAACGCGCUGCUACUCUUGGAGACACACCUGCCAUGUACAAGAUGGUCAACGCUCGCGAAGCCGUCGUUUGGCUUAAAAGAGCUGCUGAACGUGCCGAUCCUGAAAAUCCUCAUGCCUUACACGAACUAGGUCUCUUGUAUGAAGCACCACAAGGUCCAGAUACAUCACUCGUUCGCGAUGAAGGAUAUGCCUUUCAACUUUUCCAGCAAGCAGCCGAUCUCGGCUAUAAAUUCUCACAAUUUCGUCUAGGCCAAGCUUAUGAUCUAUUUUGUGGUAUUCUAAAGCAGCCGUUCAAGAGGAGCAUCAAAAGUGAAUUGGCACUUAGUGGUUGGUAUUUGACGGGUCAUGAGAAUAUUUUGCAGCAAAGUGAUACGGAGGCUUAUUUGUGGGCGAGAAAGGCUGCGAUGGCGAAAUUAGCAAAGGCUGAGUAUGCUAUGGGUUAUUAUAGUGAGGAGGGAAUUGGUACGCCGAAGAGUUUGGAGGAUGCUAAGAGGUGGUAUUGGAGGGCUGCUGCGCAAAAUUUCCCUAAGGCUCGCGAAAAGCUCGAGGAGCUUAAACGAAAUGGCGGAAAACAGAGUAACAAAGGAAGAGAAAGAAUCUCCAGAUCUAAAGGAGCUAAUCAGAAGAAUAAUGAGGAAUGUUCUGUUAUGUAA